AUGAAAAAUUAUAGAGAUUAUCUAAAGAAACUGCGAGCUGAUAAGGAUCUGAAUAAUUAUAUUAAGAUACUUGCAGUAAAAAUGUUUUCUAAGGAAGAAGCAUAUACUGAAAGGCUAGAAAAUUAUCGUAAAAGGUAUGAAGAUAAUGAUCUAUAUACUAGUUUAGAGGAAUUAUAUUAUCAUAUAGCUAAGGAGGAGAAUCGUAAAAG